AUGGCUCCCAUCGACAUCCCGAGCUUUGCUGACAAGCAGCUCAAGUUAUUGGCGGCAGAACUGAAUGCCGAGCUCGAAGAAACCGCCCUGCUCACCGCCACUCAUGCUCCGUCCACUCUCGCACGCGCCGGCCUAGCUGUUCUAAACCUCUCUGUCAGCGCCCAGCGCACAGGUCUAGGUGGUAAAUCUCUCAUCGAGCUUUCUCUGGACCCUGCCAUUGCUGGUACUGAAACGCAGCUUCCCGAACAUGGAUUACGCGUGGGAGACAUUGUUGGUGUUUCGGAACAGCCAAAGGGUGCAGAGAAGAAGAAAGAGCGUCAGGACAUGGAGAAGAAACAGAUACAAGGUGUUGUCGUUAAAGUCUUGAGAGAAAUCAUUGUUGUCGCUUUGGACAAGGACGAGGUUGACAUUCCUGGUGGAAAACUCUGGCUGUUGGUGAACUCUGCAUCUGUAUUUUGGAAAAGAAUGUUGAUGAACCAGACCAUGACAAAGUUGCUGAAGAUGCCCGAAAGCGAACACUCCACUCUUACGCGCGUCCUGUUUGGUCAAUCCUCUGCAGUAUCGGUCCAGCCUAGAGAUAUGGCAGAGGAGCUUGAGUGGCUAGAUCCUUCUCUCAACGACUCACAGAAGGAAGCCAUCAAGUUCGCUCUAGCCUCUCCCGAAGUUGCCUUGAUACACGGACCACCAGGAACAGGAAAGACUCACACAUUAAUCGAGUUGAUACGCCAGUGUCUGAAGAAAGGUCUCCGACUCUUGGUCUGCGGACCUAGCAACAUCUCGGUCGACAACAUUGUCGAGAGGCUAUCACCACAUAAAGUGCCUAUGGUCAGACUUGGCCACCCAGCUCGCUUGUUGCCAGGAGUGCUGAACCACAGUCUCGACAUCUUGACACGUACGAGCGAUGCCGCCGCUCUGGUAAAGGAUAUUCGCAACGAGAUGGACGCAAAACAAGCAAGUAUACGCAAAACAAGAAAAGGUAGAGAACGCAAGGCCAUCUACGGAGAGAUCAAAGAGCUACGCAAAGAUUAUCGACAGCGUGAAGCUGCUUGCGUAAGCAGUCUGGUCCGAGAAAGCAAGGUCGUCCUUGCUACACUGCACGGGGCUGGUGGAUUUCACUUGAAAUCUCAAGAAUUUGACGUUGUCAUUGUCGAUGAAGCCAGUCAAGCUUUGGAGGCACAGUGCUGGGUGCCUCUGCUGAGUAGUGGUGCAAGCAAGCUGAUCCUCGCUGGAGAUCAUCUCCAACUACCACCUACCAUCAAAAGCUCUAAUUCCAAGUCAACCAAACAGAACACGAAGACAGGGCAGGGUGGCGUGGAUCUAGAGACAACGCUCUUCGAUCGCAUGCUUGACCUCUACGGAGAAAGUAUCAAGCGCAUGCUGACCAUCCAGUAUCGCAUGCACGAGAAAAUCAACGCUUUUCCAUCAGCAGCACUAUACGAGUCAAAACUCAUAGCGGCGGAAACUGUCAAGGCAAGAUUGUUGAAAGACUUGCCCUACGAUGUUGAGGAGACUGAGGACACCACUGAGCCUGUAGUCUUCUGGGACACACAGGGAGGCGAGUUUCAUGAGAAGACUGAUGACGAUGACGAACCAAAGUCGAAGAGCAGUCUCCUCGGAGAAAGUAAGAGCAACGAACUCGAAGCAGCCAUUGUCAAGAAGCAUGUACAGAGCUUAGUCGAUGCUGGCGUCAAAGCAGAAGACAUCGCUGUCGUCACACCGUACAAUGGCCAGCUUGCUGUCUUGUCACAACUGCUCAAAGAGAGGUUUGUUGGUAUUGAACUCGGAAGUAUCGAUGGGUUCCAAGGCAGAGAGAAGGAAGCUGUAGUAGUCAGUCUUGUGCGCAGCAACUCAGAGCACGAAGUCGGUUUUCUCGCUGAAAAGCGAAGGCUCAACGUGGCCAUGACUCGACCAAAGCGACACCUCUGUGUUGUUGGUGAUUCCGAGACGGUAGGCCGUGGAAGCAAAUUUCUCAAGAGCUGGAUGGAGUUUCUUGAAGAGAAUGCAGACCUGCGCUAUCCGGAUCUGGACGACGUACUGCGUAGCGAGUAA